UAUAAUAUAUGAAUGAAAAUUUGUUUAUGUUUCAAUUAAACGAAAAACGCCAUGAGUAUGUACGUACAGCGUAAUUUAUUUAUUUUUAUUACUUUCUUCUCCUUCUUCGCCAAUGUUGGUCAUUGCAUUAUUGUGAAAACUACGAAUGGAUUGAUAGACGGUGACAUAGCAUACACGUAUCCAAAACACAGCCUUUACUAUGCCUUCAGGAGUAUUCCUUAUGCUAAGCCACCGAUUGGUGCACUCAGAUUUCAGCCACCACAACAACUUGAUAAUUGGGAAGGGAUUCUUCGAACGAAGGAUGAUUCACCCAGAUGUAUUCAAACGAAUAAAAAAGUGAUUGUAGGACAAGAAGAUUGCCUCUACUUGAAUGUAUAUACUACACAGAUGCCAAGUGAUACAGAACAACUCCUGCCAGUGAUGGUAUGGGUUUAUGGAGGGGGAUUUAUUGCAGGUACUUCAGAAUAUCAGGAUGCAGCUCCUGAUUAUUUCUUAGACGAAGGAAUCGUUUUUAUUUCUAUAAACUAUAGAUUAGGAAUAUUGGGUUUUUUAAGCUUGAACGACUUGGUGGCGCCAGGAAAUAAUGGCUUGAAAGAUCAAAAUAUGGCUCUGCGAUGGAUAAAGGCAAAUAUCCGAAGUUUUGGGGGUGAUCCAGAUAGAAUAACACUCUUUGGGCAAAGUGCGGGAUCCUCUUCUGUUUCUUAUCAUAUUCAGUCUGAUAUGUCUGCUGGACUCUUUUCUGGAGCUAUUUUGGAGUCUGGGACUUCAUUGUGUUUGUGGUCAUUUUCAAGAGGCGGUCCUCAAACUGCUAUCCAAGUUGCAGCCAGUUUCAAUAUUGAUAUCAAUGAUAGUCAAUCCAUAGUGAAUGGAUUGCGUGAAGUGGAAGCCAAAGAACUUCAUAAAAGGGCAAUGGAUAUUCAAAGUACGGCGUUGGUGGUUAAUAAUCCUCGAGAUGGACUUAUUUACGCCCCAGUAAUAGAACCAAAACAUGAAGGAGCUUUUUUCACUGAAAGGAGUUACGAACUUUUGAAAAAAGGAAAAUUUGCACGAGUACCAAUAAUGAUAGGAUACAAUUCAAUGGAGGCAACAUUCUCGUUUCCAGAUGCGUUCAGAUUGUUCUUGUUGAAAUAUGAUUUGAAUCCAUCAAAUUUGGUUCCCUUCGACAUGAACAUAGGAACUUCCGUUGUGAAAGAUGCCGUUGGUAAAGAAAUUAAGUUUCGAUAUUUUGGAUUGCUCCCCAUUGCUCUCUCGAACGCCAAUGUGAUAGAGUUUCUGAGUGAUGAUCAGUUUGUAAGACCUAUUCAACAGUUCGCAUUAUUGUUAUCCGAAUUUACAAAGACGUACCUCUACGAAUUUCACUAUGAAGGAGGUCUUGGAGGUAUUGUUAACCGAACAUUCCCAGGUGUGGCCCACAGUGAAGAAUUGGGUUAUUUGUUCAGAAGAAAUAUUAGUGCAAAUGAACUCGACCAUUACAUGAGUAAAAGAAUGGUGAAACUGUGGACAAAUUUUGCGAAAUUCAGGAAUCCUACACCGGAGCCAGAUGAUCUCUUUCAGAACCAGAUAUGGUUACCAAUUUCACCGACUAGUAAGGAUAUGGACUAUUUCAGAAUAGACGUCGAUUUAAAGUCAUCAGUGAAUCCAAAACGGAAUAAUAUCGAUUUUUGGACGCAUUUGUAUCAGAGAUAUGGAGAACCGCCUUACGAUACCUAUUGAUGUGUUUUUUUUGAUGAAUUAUUCAAUAUUUCUCAGGAUUUCUGCAAUGAAAAAAAAAAUGAUUUUCAUGUUUGAACAUUUAAAUUGUUAUAUGACGAAAUAAACCUUAUUUAUAUUGUGUGGACAUAUUCGCAUAGGAAGACUAUAGUUAACGAGAAAUA